UCGAAUCGAAAGUGUCAAACAUUGCUGGUACGGAGAAAAAAAUUAUCCGCCAGCACUUUAUUUUUUUUCAUCUCAAAUUCCAUUAGCUUGCAGCAGGCAACAGACAUCUUUCGUCGUCAUCGUCAUCAAAAAAGUCAUCAUCAUCAUGGAAUUACCGAAAAACUUGCAUGAUUGCUACUUUUUCUACUACUCGACGUGCAACAAGGGCAACGCUUGCGAAUAUCGUCACGAACCAGCGGCGCUCGGGCACGAAGAAACCUGCAAGUUAUGGGUCGAAAAGUCCUGUUUCAAUCGUCAAUGCCCGUUGCGUCACAUGAAGAUCGAACGUAAACGCAACCAAACCCCCUGCUAUUGGGAAGAUCGCGGAGGCUGCCGAAAAUUGCAUUGUGUCUUUCAGCACAAAAAUCGUGCGGCACUCCCAAAUUUGACGGCGGGCGCAGCUACUGCGGCAACGGCAAUGCAAGUUCCAGCAGCAGCCCGUAAACCCAAUGUCCCGAUCCAGAUGUCGCCCGUUGUCGUUGACUACCGUCUCGUUCAGCAAAUCUUGUAAAGAGAUGUCGUUGCGUCACCCGCAGUUAAAAAAAGAGUACUAUGCCUGCAGCAGCAAUGAAAAUUAAUCAAUUUUUAAUUAAUUAAUUAAUUAUUAUAAUUCAUAUAUAUUAUUCAAUAUAUAUAAAAUUUAUACAAACACACACAUAAACAUUAAAAAACACAAAAAUUGACCGAACUUCUUUGAAAGGAGAUCAAAAAAAAAAUUUGGUCAAACGAUUUUUUUUUUCGAAACAAAAAUAGAUGAAAAAUUUACAUUUAAUAUAAUUAAACUUAAAAAAAAUGUAACGAGAAACAAACAUAUAGAAAAAAAAACCUUCUCACAUUAGAAUUAUAAUAAUAAUAAUAUAUUUGUAUAACAAAAAAAUAAAUAAAAAAAUGAAGUCGAACCGCAACUGAAGAAAUUUCGCGCUCUAUAACGAUAAACUAUACAGAAAACAAAUAAAAAUAGGUAUCAAUCAAAUUAAAUAAAAAUAUAAUAAUAAAUAAAAAAAUGUACUAAUAAAUAAAUUUAAUUAAAAAAAAAUAUUAAUUUAUGUGGGUGAAGCUUUGCUCUUAUCAUAAUUAUUAUUAUUAAAAUUAUUACAAACAUAUUAUUAAUAAUAAUAUAUAUUCUUUCUAUAUAAUCUUUGUUAUAAAAAAAAUAAUCAAUUUUAUUUUUAUUUAAAAUAUUUACAAAAAUUAUAUUUUGGAGAUUUCGGGGAUUAUUUAUUUAUUAAUUUUAAAUUUUAUUUUUUGCCUUAUAAAUAAUAUUGAUUAUUAUUUUAAUGUGCGUCCUGUUUAUUAAUAUAUUAUUAUGUAUAACAAAAAAACGGAAAAUUCAGAGAAAAAUUAAUAUAUUAUUAAUUAAUUAAAGAAACAAAAAUUAUAUGAAUAAUAAAAAAUAAAAGAAUUUAAAUUUUAACAAUAAUUUCGAAAAAAUAUUUGGACUAAACUAAAUAUAUAUGAUUGAUAUAUUGUUUCAAAAUUAUCAAAGAAAAAAAGUUGAAGUACAUAAAUAGAAGAAAAUUGUUUGAUUUUUAUUAAAA